AUGUCCGGCACAAGCGCAGCAAGGAUCCGCCAAAUCCUAAUCCUAAUCUGCCUCCUCUGCACCCUCCUCUGCUCCCUCAUCGUCAUGGGCCUCGUCAGCGUCAACGGCAAAAUCACAUUCGAUCGCUACCUCAACAACGUCUGUCUCCUCUACGUGACCAUGGAUGGCGACGUGGUGGUCUAUAACAAUGGCUUCUGUCUCUUCCCCAUCAUCGCCGCCGCCAUCACCGCGGGUUUCUCUUUAAUGUUCUUGAUCUUCUUGUGUAUGGUCUUGCAUAGGAAGGACGAGUUCUCGCCGACGGGGUUGUCGUUGUCGGUGGUGUUCUUUUCGGGUCUGUUGGCGUUGCUGUCGUUUGCGAUGUGUGGUGAGAUUGGGUUGGGGCUGAAUAAGGCGUGCACGCUUUUGGAGGACAGCAUUGAUUCCUGUCGCUCAAACAAGAACUUUAGCUCCCUGUACGGCGCACUAAUCACCGCAGGAAUAAUGGCUGGCUUCUGGGUCCUAAUUAUGUUCCUAGAAGUCUUCCAACUCUUGGGCCGCCCCGUCCUCACCACCAACACCCUCGACACUGCCGGCCAAACUACCGUCGUCCCCUCCACCAAAAGGUCCAAAUCCUCCCAUGGAAUCUCGAACAGUAACAUUACCGACCCGAACUAUGUCCCUCCGUCCACCUCGUCUGCUUACAUGACUUCUGCAGCACCCACCUCUGCUCCAGGUCCUGCUAAUGUCUAUCAAGACGGUACCUAUCAGCAGCAGCAGCAGCAGCCAGAGAUGACGUCUUACCAGAUGAACGACAACAAUAACGGCUACGACCAGGCUCAGCAACGGUACUACCAGGCUACUCCCCAACCUCAGUACCAACAAGGCCAGCCCACGCCUCAAAUGCAGUACCAACAAGUCCAGGGUGACCAGAAAACACCCCAAAUGGCCUACCAACAAGCCUACCAACCACAACAGGCCUACCUGCCCCCACCCUUUCCACAAUCAGCGCAGCCGUUGCAGCUCCAGCAGCCUUGCCCGACUUAUCCUGCUCCAGCUUCAGAUCCGUACCCUCCACAAACUGUCGCCGUCGACACCUUUCCCUCCAGCAGCGGUGCCGGUAGCAAUAGUGCUCUCUAA